AUGAUUGUGAAAAGGGACAAAAAGGCAGCGACUGACUCCAACCAGUCCAGCUGCUUCCGGAUGACGCCCACGGGACUUGAUGUGGGGCUGCGUGAUCCCCGUCUGCAGGUGCAGCCUCCAGAGUCCAGGCGGUCUGCCUUCUGCGCUACGUCCUCGAACACUGAUCUAAGCACCCGAGCAGUAUCUCUGGCCCGGUGCAAAGUACAACCUGCUGCACCCUCUUACAUGAACGAGAAACCACCGCACCUCAUCUACGAGAAAUUUCUUGAACCGCACGUGCGCCCAUCUCUCAUCCGAACCAUGUCCUCCUGGGACUACAUUGCCAAACUCGUCUGCAUCGGCGACUCGGGCUGCGGCAAGUCCUCGCUCACCAUCCGCCUCUGCGAAGGUCGCUUCUCGCCACACCACGACGUGACCAUUGGCGUCGAGUUCGGCUCGCGCAUCGUCCCCGUCGGCCCUCCCCACAGCCAGCCAGCCCUCCCGUCCUCAGAGGAGGAGCAAGGCCUUCCCGAGCCGCGGCGCGAUGUCGCCCAGAAACACAUGAAGCUGAGCCUCUGGGACACGGCCGGGCAGGAGACGUACAAGAGCGUGACGAGGUCGUACUUCAGGGGGGCGAGCGGUGCCUUAUUGGUCUUCGACCUCAGUCGGCGGCAGACCUUUCAGCACGUCACCGACUGGCUAAACGACCUGCGCCAGAUCGCGGAGCCGGAUAUUGUCGUCAUACUCGUCGGGAACAAGGCCGAUCUGACGCAACGGGACGAGGGCAACAAGCGCGAGGUCACGCGGGAAGAAGCUGAGGAGUGGGCACGCAAGAACGGCGUGAUGGAAUAUGUCGAGACCAGUGCCAAAAGCGGGGAGAAUGUCGAGAAUGCAUUCAUGAGGGUUGCGGAGAGAAUAUACCAAAAUAUCCAGGCCGGCAAAUACGACCUCAACGACAGGAGGUCGGGGGUCAAAGGCCCAGGAGCAGGAAUCAAAGGCCAGGUGAAACUCUCAACGGACGCGAGCAAAUCAUCAGGAGGCAUGUGUUGCUGA